CUCACACGAGCAGCUAUUCAAACAGUCUCACUCAACAGCCGCCGAUUUCUGCAUCUCCGAAGCUAGCUAAGCCAAGAGCAAAGACCGAGUUUUGCAAUGGAUCACCACCCGAAGCUGGCGCCGAACGCGACGAAGGCCAUGGAGGACAAGGAGCGAAAGCUGCAGGUGCCGGCAAGCGACCCGGACGACGACGGCAGCCUCCCCGACCUCGUCGGCCGGCAGCAGCCGCAGCUGCGGCGUGAGGAGCAGCAGCAGCACCAGGCGCCCAACAUCUCGGAGAUGAAGCCGGUGACGCGCGAGGCGUACGGCGGCGGGAUGUACGCUAACGAGGAGGGGAAGAGGGAGCCAGGGAAGCCGCGCGCCAGCGCCACGCAGAGCGCCGACGGGCCGGAGGAGCCCGUGGGCAGACCCAGGCACCCGCCGCCGCCGUCCACCGGCGACCGCGACCUCGACAUCACCGGGAUGUCAUACAUCCAGUAGUAGUUCCUGCUUGUUUUUUCUAUGGCGUGUGUGGUGCACUGGCGCCGGUAGUUUUGUGCGCCUGCCUGCUAGUGCUGCUGUGUUUUUGCUUUGGCUUCGAACAAGCUGUGUCUGUGUGCGCGCAUCGAGUUGCUGUAAAGCCUGUAAGUACACACGUCUAUGAUGUAAGAAAAAAAAACGAAUAAAUGUGAGUUUUCUUGUUCCAA